AUGUCCAUCAAGCACCAUUUCAGGCCCGCACUGUCUGACUGGCCUCGCGCGCACCUUCCAACUCCUCCACUGACCCCAGGGGACGACCUUGACGACGCAGUAUGUCUUCCAGACUUGCCCACAUCCUCGACUCUGGUGCUGUCGUCCUCUCCACUCGGUAUCAGCUCGUCCAGGAAGAGGAAAUGGUCAGAGUCAGCCAAUGUCACGAUGCUACAGCUCGCGAUGCUCAGGCAGCUAGCCCCCGAGAAGAACACAAUCAACUGGCAGUUGAUCGCUGAUGAAGUCGUUAAUCAAGGCCAUAUUCGGCCAACAGUUACAGCAGGACGUGUGAGAAGCCAUUUCUUUUCGCUCAUGCACAAUACUGCCAGAUCAUACAGUGUGCCCUACAGACAAAUGUCGGGUCAGCUGGCCCUCAACAACGAUAGUCUACCACGUCUGAUUCCACGUCACACUCUUCCGAGCAUUCUCUCUGAUUGCACAGACGUCAGCACAAGCGACAAAGGACAUGCUACCAAGGCCCUGAACGACGCAGCUUUCAGUGCAAAGUUACGGGAAGCUGCGGAUGCUCGCAAAGCUGAUCGACCAGACGUGAUGGCGCAACACAGAGCUAGUCAGGCUCAUCAGAGCAGUCAAAGAAUCAAGAGAGAAACAGUAGCAGUGGCAGCUCUGACAAUAGACCAAAGACUUGCCCAGCUACCAAUAUUGAACGAUUCGAUACCUGUACAGCCAGCAUCGAAGUCCACUCACAGAAUCUUCGAACCGUACCGUUCCGCUCAACCACCCAUUCUCUCAUCUCAGCCUGCCUCAUCACAGAGUCUUCGUUCGAGCCAACCACAAUCGCAUCAACUAUCGUCCCAAUCUUCAGCGGCCGCACAAUUAGCAUCUGAGCUCAAAUCCCAGCUCCGAAGAGAAGUUCUCGAUAACGAUGAGAGACGUCGCCAGCACUGCGAGCAGAAGCUUGCGCAACAGACAAGUAAGAGGAUAUAUCUGUCGGCAAUUGACUACAGUGCGAAGCAGCACAAACAGAGGCAGAAGUGUUAUGUAUUUGAGAGGAUGGGUGGUAGGACAGACGAGAAUCUGAAAGGCAAGAGUAAGAAGCAGAAGCUACAGAACAACGUCAAAGAGAAGCAUAAACACAAGACAAAAAUAGUCAGCGCAACUCACGAGAAGAAGAGGAGGAGGAAACAGAAGACGUCAACGCGAGGGUCAGACUCUAGCGAGCUCGUAUUUGCUAACGGGUCCGCUGCGAGUACAAGGUUCGCAGAACUGAAGGAACGACUUGCUGCGAAACAGAAGGCGGCUGCUGAGCGUGCAAGCGUGUUGGUAUGA